AUGUGCGUCGCCCUUUCCCCUACCACCCUCAAUGUCAACAAUGCCGAGGUUGUUGGCCAGCAUGAUACCUUCUGGUCGACUCUCAUCACCCGCUACGGGCGCGAUACGUUCCCCAUUCUGGUGGACCGUAAUGUCUUGAUCGGUGAUGAUACGCAGGCUGCCGAGUCGGAGAAGGGGGACGGCGCCCCGCUGGUGAUUGGCGAUCUGGCCAUCGCCAGCCCGGGAGACCAGUGUGCUUGCUGCGGCACGGGUGUACUUGGCCAUCGCCGUGGCAUCGAAGUUGGUCAUGCCUUCUACCUAGGAACAACCUAUUCGGCACCGCUGGACCUCGGCGCGUCGGAGAAAUUCGCCUUCAUGGGCUGCUAUGGUCUCGGCGCCACGCGCCUACUGGCGGCUAUUGCCGAGGUGAAUCACGACGCCAAGGGCUUCGUGUGGCCUGAGGAGGUGGCCCCCUUCCGGGCGACGAUCAUUUCCACCGAGGCCAAUCAGGAGGCUGCCAACCACCUCUACGAUAUGCUUGGCCCUCGUGGCGGAUCAGCCCUCUAUGGUGGCGCCAUCCUUGAUGACUCGGGUCAGCGCAUUGGCUUCCAAUUCAACCGCUCAAUGGCCUCGGGUAUCCCCUACAACAUCGUUUGCGGGCGCAUGAUCGAGCAUCAGGAGGCUGGUCGGUUUGGCGGCUUUGUGGAGAUUGAGUGCCGUCGUACUCUGGAACGCCGGUAUGCUGCCUUUGGCGACUGGGACAGUAUUGCGGCGGUCGUCUUCUCCGGACGCGGGUUCGCCGCUGCGCCACAUCUUCUUGCCCCCCCCCCCGCCACUGCCUAG